AUGGAACGACAUUCCUCGACAGCAGUGCUCAACAUAAAUGGAUUUACUCAUGAACUCAAAAGCCUAGAAUACAGCCCCUCCCAGCAGGUACAGGGCGUGUUGGUUUCACCCCCAGAAACCAUACAGUGUAUUUGUGUACAGUAUGUUUGCAAGUUUAUCACUUCCCAAGCUUUGGUCAUUACUUGUGAACAUACAUGGCUGGUCUUUGCCUGUUUGAACCUCAUUCCAGAUCCCCCAUUCUCAACUCUUAAAAAUACCAGCAUGUCAAUGGCACCUUGUCAGCACACCAGCAGCUUUAGACUGAAGUUCAGGGCUCUCCAGCCUGGCCAGCGAAACCCACUCCUGCCUGGUUGGGCCUAG